AGCAAUGAGACACCCCCUUAUUGCACAACAGGAAAUGGACCCCCCCCAUCCUUCCUCCUCACAGGUGUGAGCUCAGGUACUCUUCAUCGCUAUGAGUUUAAUUCAUAGAGAGGCCGUAGCCCAUUUGAUUAGUGGAUGUUGGUCUUUCAUCUGAAGACAGGUUGAUUUGGUUACUUCCUACCACCACGGACUGUGGUUGGUGAUUGUAUUUGCCCCACCACCUCCAAGUUAAUGCAGUGCCAAGGACAGAUGUGAAGCAGCUCUUUCUCUCGAUAUUGAUGUGGUAUCCUCUUAACGCAUCACAGCGCCUCGGGCCCACCGGCAGCACAGGAUAUGGAGGCUCUCGAAGUUGAUGACAUCAGCCCUGCCUUGGAAGUGACUGAAGACUUUUUCAACGGUUUUGAUACUAAGCUUGAAAAGAUUGUGCAGCCCUCUGAGGUGUAUGGUGUGCAGGAGGUCCCUGAGCUGGUUGGGCACGAGGUAUUUGAUCAUAUAACAGAGAGCAGGAAUCUGAGGAAUGUCGCCUCCUUAGCCAAAAGUAGCCUCAUCUGGGAUCACUGCAAAAAUGGCCUCUUGGAAACCAAAGCUCAGACAGCAUUUCCUGCCAAAGACCAACACGUGGUGCAGAGGGGAACAACUGCUGACAACCUUGCUUGGGCAGGGGAAGGGGAGACCACAGCUUUUAACAUCUUCAGGAUCUGCCAGCGGAGGAGGGACAGGCCUCGCUCAGUGAAUGACAUCCUGGUACAGAACGAGGAAGCCUCCAGGUUCAAACCAGGACACAACAGGUCACGCUCCGAUAUCAGCCAUGUGAAGUGGGGAGUGGUCUUCACAGGCACGUCCCUGCAGCAGCCACCUGCACCCGGUCAGGACAAUAACUGCACUCUGCUCUCUUACCUGGCAUUAACCAAGGGAGAGGACAUCCAAGGAAACACAGAACACAAGCCAGUGUUCCCAAAUCUCCUGAAGAAGGGAUACUUAGAAGUUAGAAGAGACAAUGACAGCUACUGGCAAACCUGUUACGCUGAGCUCUCCCCAUACAAACUGUACCUGUAUUGCUUGGACAGCAGUGGCAACCAGACUCUUCCCACCGUGUAUCCACUCAUGCGUUUUCAAAGGGUCACUGUUACUGGUGGCAUUGAAACCAAGGUGGUGGACACUGUCUUGUCAGACAGCUCACAGCUACAGCUGAAGGCAGAGUCCUCGUGGGAGACACUGGACUGGGGACAGAAACUCUGGGAAGCAGUGCAUGCUUCCGUGCCUGCUUUCACCAGACAGCAGGAGAAACUGGAGAAUAUGCCAAAGCCUGAAAAUAACAGUGACCUUUCUCAAACCAAUGGAUUAUUAGAGAAGCCUAUGGAGCUCUUCCUGUCCAUGAAUUUGACUGAAAACACUAAAGAGUAUCAAAAUAUUCUCAAAUCAGGGACUCUUUACAGGUUAACUGUCCAGAAUAACUGGAAGGCAUUUACUUUUGUCUUGAACAGGUCUUAUCUCAUGGCAUUCCAACCCGGUAGGCUUGAUGAAGAUCCUCUGCUGAGCUACAAUGUCGAUGUGUGCCUGUCGGUGCAGACAGAUACUCAGGAUGACUGUGACUCUUGCUUUCAGGUCAUUUUCCCCCAGGAUGUCCUGCGCCUGCGUGCAGAGACUCGUCAGAGGGCCCAGGAGUGGAUGGAGGCAUUGAAAGCAGCAGCCAAUGCUACUAGAAGUUUGACUCAGAACCCACAGGUCACACUUAGGAACAAACCUGGAGAUCGGCCCUUGGGAAGUGACCUUAGAAAGAGCAAGCGCCAGUCUGUGACCACCAGCUUCCUCAGCAUCCUGACCACGCUGUCUCUAGAGAGAGGGCUCACUGUUCAGAGCUUCAAGUGUGCAGGCUGUCAGCGCUCCAUAGGUUUGUCCAAUGGAAAAGCCAAGGUGUGCAGCUACAGUGGAUGGUAUUACUGCAGCACCUGCCACGUGGAUGACAGCUUCCUCAUCCCUGCACGGCUGGUUCAUAACUGGGACACUUCCAAGUACAAGGUAUCAAAGCAAGCCAAAGAGUUCCUGGAAUAUGUUUAUGAGGAGCCAUUGAUUGAUAUCCAGCAGGAAAAUCCCAUGCUGUACAAGCAUGUUGAACCUCUGGCAACUGUUGUCCGGCUGAGACAGCAGCUAAAAUCUCUCCGAGCCUACUUGUUCAGCUGCAGAGCUGCAGUGGCUGAAGAUCUGCGUAGAAGGAUCUUUCCCAGAGAGUAUCUUCUCCAGCAAAUCCAUCUUUACUCUCUUGCAGACCUUCAGCAGGUUAUUGAAGGAAAGCUGGCUCCUUUCUUGGGGAAGGUGAUCAAGUUUGCCACCUCUCAUGUGUACAGCUGCAGCCUUUGUAGCCAAAAGGGUUUCAUCUGUGAGAUUUGCAACAAUGGAGAAAUCCUUUACCCCUUUGAGGACAUUUCUACAAGCAGGUGUGAAAGCUGUGGUGCUGUCUUCCAUUCUGAGUGCAAAGUGAAGGCUGUACCGUGCCCCAGGUGUGUGCGUAAAGAAUUGCAGAAGAAGCAGAAAUCCUUCUGGAGGCAACUGAAUAUGGACGAGAACUUUGAAGAGUCUUGCAACAUGUUUGAAUUGUCAUACCAGAACACAUGAGUUCCUUAAGGCUGGGACCAACCUGAAGAGAAUCCCUUUCCCAGCUGCCAGCUUAAGCAAAUUCUCAGCUUAGCCAGGCAGAAAUUUUUUCGAAAAGUAUUAUCUGACCUUCUUCAUCUGUGAAUAACAGCUGCCAAAUUGGCUAUAAAGCCUUGUCGGCUUUGAAAUACCAAUGGCUAAACUGCAUUGAAGUCCAGCCACUAGCUCUCAUACAAAAUGUGGUUUACCUGAAAUGCUUUAGGUCUAGGUAAUUAAGCACCUGACUUUCUUUUCCACCUCUGGAGAAGAGUUUUUCUCAAGGCAGAAAAUAUUUGCCGCCAUGACCACAUUAUUUUUUAUGUUUUUCAUUUAGAAUUGCUGAAUCAUCAACUUAUUUAUGUGUAUUAUUUAUUUAUUAGUAGCCUUGGCAGAGGGUCUGAUGGGAUGUUUCACAGAACCCAGUAGAGCAGGAAUUACUUUAAAUCCACUGUCUCCUCCUGAUACAGACAUGUGGUUCCAUUUCCUCAUGUUUUCAGAGAACUAUUUUGAAAGGCCAGUGCAUUUACAUUUUAAAGGAUCUGCUUGCCAAGGAAAGAAAAGGAUCUCCCAUCAAACCUUAUUGGAGGUGCUUACAAACAUAAGACGCAGAAUUCCUUAAUUUAUGUUUAUAUAUUCAUAACCACCCCAGUGAACUAUUUCAUAUUCAAAUAAGCAGGGGACUUCCUACGCUUUUGUUCAGACUGGCUAUAUUGGUUAAGCUCAGUCACUGAAGUCUGUGCAGUUUUACACUUGUUAUUCUUAAUCUGUGGAAGGCCAUGUCCUCAUCUCCAGUAACAUGAUGUUGGCUCUGACCUUCUUCUAGUUUCACACUUAAGGCAUUUUAAGUGCCCACAUUGGUUUUCUUUUUAUUUCAUGAAGUUUAUUUUAAAUGUUUUUCUAACCUGAACCUGAUAAACUGAUAGUCAGGAAAGUCGUCUUGCCCAUCGUAGUUAGAAAAUUCCUCCAAAGUUGUGAAACACUACUUUGCUGUUUUCAUAUGCAACUUAUGUCCUGCAUUCUCUUUGAGCUUCAAGGCAUUUUAUGCUUCUGUAAUGACUUCAGUGGUGGAGAGCGAAGUUCCUUGAGGUAUGAUUCUACUCCACACACCUGGAACACAGGAAGUAUUAACCACAGUGAAUUCUAUUGUGAAAGGGAAGUACAUGAUGGAUUUAACUGGGGAGAUGUGUGUCAUAUCACUGGCAUUAUGUUUAAUUCAUUGUGAGUUCACCUCCAGUGAGCAGUUAGAGAUUGUCCUCCCUCCAGUCCACGUUCUUAACUCUUUUUCCACACCCUGCAGUGAUGUGUGUAUUAUAUACAUAUGAAAGCAGUCACAUAUAUAUACACACACACACAUCUAUAUACAGAAAGCAAAUACAGUUUCAGAUGAAAAAAGCCAGUUGCAUGUAUUUUUCCUCUCCUCUCACACAGGUUUGUGAAAGUGUGAAAUACUGAUCUUUGCUUCCUUUAUAAUCUUCAGACUGUUGUAUUCAAGGCAGAAAGCAGUCUUGAUCAUCGAAGCAUCUCACUAAUCGCUGAAGUAUUUUAAAUAAAAGAACAGGGUACAUCGUACUUACGUUAAAAAGUAAAAUGCUACAGUGAGUUGCCUUGUACUGGACUGUAAGUGGUUACCUUUUCCAGCCUCCAGUCAAAGAAAAAGUAGCUGAAUCUGAGCUUUCUCAGAUUGAGUGCAACUACUAUAUAUAUAGAAGCAUGUUUAUAUCUUGUAUACAUUAGACAACCAGUGCCUUUCUUUUCCAGAAGUCCUUCUCUCAGUGGGAUUCUUUGGAAGGAAGUGAGGGGUUUUCUGUGUUUUGGCAAAGUACUGUAAGGAUUCCCAUGUUUAAUAAACCUGGUGAAUCAUGCACCUUUGUCACUAAAAUUAAUACUUCCCGUACACAGUGGUAUCUCGUCUGGGCUCACUGUUCCUUAUGUGAAAUGAGUUGCUUUUGGCUAUCACCUUUAAAGGUGUAAUGUUCCUUGCAAAUCCAUUCCCACUUGAAGAAUUCCCUGUGUGUUCAGAAAUGCAAACACUGGGGAAGUAUUGUGGAAUUAGUCAUGCAAACAGGAACUGCACUGGUACUGGCUGAAUAAACAGUACGCUCCCAUGUUUCUCAGCAUGUGUCACUACAACUAGUCCUGUGGCAAAGCCAGUAGCUCUGAAACUGUCAGAAGCUGGCAGGUACUCUUUUGAAUUAUCUGUGGACAUAAUGUUAGGUGGUUAAAGAAAAAAUGAAAAUGUUUUUCAUAUCAUCAUCGUGCUCUGGUAUUUAAGAUACCUUACAUUGCUGGUUCAUGUCCAGCUCAGUUUAGAGAAGGCUGCUUGUGUGCACUGUCAAAAACCAUAUCGAGUCAAGGAAUCAAGGUUCAGACAUUGCAAACUAUUAGUUACUUUGACAGAUGUCCUGAUCCCCAAAGUACCAGUUGUGUGCAUGGUUAGAUAUUGGAACUGAAUUCUGGAAUAAAAACAUAGAUGGCAUUGGUGUUGCUCUGGGUUUGUACAGGUAUUACAGAACAGUUUCUUUGCUAACAGAGAGUUACAGAGAAUAAAAAAAAAAGUUUGAUGUUGGCAAAACUGCUAGAAUUAGUCAUGAACCUGAAACCACUGCCAUUACUAAUGAUAAAGAGCAAAAGCAUGUUGUUACAAUAUGCUGUCAGUGCCCAGAGCACUGUGUAAAAGGAUACUGUACAGUACAGCUCAGAUUAAUUGCUUUAAAAUCCAAUGUUGUUGUAAACCAGCUGGUUCCUGAAUACACAUUCAUUUCUACUUUGGAAAAAUAAUAUGGCUUCAUGGUAGCUAUAGGAGCAGACCAUAAUAUGGAAGAUGCUGUCCUCUCAGGGAUGCCCAGCUCCUAUCCAAAAAAUGUUAUUCUAUAUAAAUGGACAAGACAAAGUCUUUUGUCCCUGCUUUUUGUAAGCAUAAUGGAAGGCUUCAUCCUGCCCUCAGAAGGUGCCAAUGCAGUAGGAAGAAGCCCUAUUAAUUUUUCAGGACUGCAAGGCAAAAGAAUAAAUUGAAAUUACUGCUCACAUUAUUAACUCUCAAGACCCGGCUUUAAAAGGGACGUUUUCUUGGAAGAGCCAUCUGCAAGCAGGACACUCAGCCUGGGGUUCUGUAGAUGGUUUGGGUUUCAGACGAUGCUGUACCUGUGCAUGGUUGUCUCUGCUGUACUAACAGUGCUGCGUGCUGGUCCCCACUGCUACUCUACCCACCCUGCAGCCCACAGCCUGCACGUGGCUCUGCUCUGCAGACUUCUGGAUGAGCAUCAGCUGGAAAAGUUCUUGGGGUCUUUGUAGAUUGCACUACUCUCUUGCCCCCCCACCCCAGUUAAAUUAUGUAUUGGUACUUCUAGUAUUGUCCUACCCAUGCAUGAAAUAAAUUUGAACAAUACCAUUUCAUUGUGAGUCAAGAAUAAAAUGUGCCGUUUGUCUCCUUCAAAGAGAAGAUGCUUUCAUAGCUGACCGAGGAGGAAUUGAUCUGCAAUCCAGUUACUGCUUUUGCUUUGUAUAAAACUUGUAAUCAGUGUAGAAAUAGGAUGCUUCACUGCAGUGGACUACAGCUUCACACUCUACAGGUACUUAUAUUUGUUAGUCUAAGAUUAUUUUAAUCUAGGACACUAUAGAGAUCCUUAUUCAAGUUUCUUUUCCUCUUUACCCUGACCAUCUACCUUUUCUUUAAUGGGAAGAAGGGUAUGUAAACUCCAGCUUUUUUAUAUUAUCAACCUAUAAAAAGAGAAACUUGUAUUUCUUGUGUAGAAAUCUUUCUCUUGCCUUUUUUUUUCUUAGGUUGUGGAAAGUGAUGGGUUUGUGAUGUGACAAAAUAUCCUGGCUGGCACAUACGAAUAGGGCUCACUGCUGGGAUAAUAGGAAUUGGCAGUUGUGAGGAAAGGUACUUUUUGGUGAGGAACUCAAGUUUUUCACAGCACUCCACAGGCUCUGAUGGCCCUGUUAGGAGCGAAUCAUCAGGGCACUUCUAGAGCUCCUCUUGUCAAGGCUUCUCUAGUAAUCAGGAUGGUGUGUAUGAUGUAUUAUAAGGGAUUGAUGAUAAUGCCCUGAAUGAUUUUUUCAAAAAAGCAGAGGAUAUCUGUUUACAAUGAAAUGGGGAAGCUGCACAGUUGAAUUUUGCUUUUUCCCUGUAGCAACCAAGUUUAGCAGGCUUCCCAAAGUCACUGCCUGGAUUGCAGCUUACUGUGGAUCUGUAUAAAAGAAAUUAAAUAAUCAUCAUAAUCUUCUCACUUUUUUUUUUUCUGCUGCUCAGCUGCAAGCCAGUCUCUCCUCUCUUACUGUCUCUGUCCCUGUCUCUACUCCCAGUGCUGAGUUUACAGCCAGACUUGGAGCUUCAUAGCUCAUCGUGUUGUUUUUGAACCAGUUGAGUCCAAUCAUUCUCUCCUUCGUAAUUUUCCUUUCAAUUUUCCCUUCCCAGUAGGAGUGCCUUACAGUACUGUAUAUUAGCCUCUAUCUUCCUGUUUUGGAUUUCCUGAUUGCAUCUGCUGUUCAAUUAACUUGUAGGCUUAAACUGAAUCUCUCCCAUGGCUUUGCCUGCUCUUUUGCAGGAGCAGCUGAGUAAUUCAGUUUGGUUGUUCUGCCCUCAUGAAAUGAGCUCUACAGGCUGCAUACACCAGCUCUGAAGACACCAAGCUGCAUGGGAACUCCUCACGUUUGCUCAUUUUUGGUGCCUUAAAUUUUCAAAAGUGAAUAAUUUUGUUAGAAAUGCUCUGCCAUGAUGCAGUGUGUUUGGCAUUGGAGCUUGAAACCCUUGCUCGUGACAGUUUCCAUCUUGCUAGGAAUGGUAACCAUAAAAUUUGUUUACUAUCUAUGCUUUGAGAGGGCAGUGUGAGAGAGGAUAGCAUGGAGAUGGUGUUGGUUUUUAUUAUCUAUAUUUUUGAGACUGCCUGGGCUUCUCAGCCAGAAAUGCAGUUGUGCUUAUGCGAGACCUUCGGAAGAGGCGCAUAUGUAAUAGUGGCAAGUACUGGGAAUUAAAAUAGGGUCAGGUCACGUGCUAGUCCACACCACAUGGCGAAGGACUCCCAUAUGGCACUCCCUACUCACAUGCACAGCUGGAUCUAGGGCUGUGGGAGUGAAGGCAUUUCCUCAAAACUCGAUUUUAAUGCACCCUGGUUCCCUGAAGGCUAACCCAGUCAGGGUUUGAUCAGCCUUACCUUAGAGAGAGGGUUAAUCUGUUUAAAUUUUAGCAUUAUUUGCUAAAGUAUGUAGCAUGUGUCAGCCUGGGGCACAUGUCCAUGCUGACUGUGAUCUUACAAGUCCACAUUUGAUGCCAAUAGCCCGAAUCCCAUUUGACAAUGGCAGUGUUGUCGCUGCAUUUUAGCAGUACAGUGAGGAGACAGCCUGGAUGAUAAUGUGCAAAGUCCUUCUUUACUUGAAAACCGUGGUGUGCCCAUGCUGACCUGAUUCAUAUCUUAAAGUGCUAGUUAGAGUGGUCAUUAAUUGAAAUUGCAAAGGUGCCACUUGUGGUCAGCAUCAGAGGUAUCCAGGCCUGGAGAGCUAUCAGCUGUCUAGGACCAAAGUGUAGUAGAUUUUGUCUGUGUGCACAAGUGUCUGUGGCUCAAUUAUUUAUUUAUUCCUGUCUAAUUGACAUGUUAAACCAGUGUAAAUCC